CCAUGAGCGACGACGCCAGCGCACUCCCGCCCGCCCAGAAGGCCGGCUGGACCUCCUUCCUCAAGAGCCUCGCAGGCGCCACCGGCGACCUGUCGAGCUUGACCGCCCCGUCCUGGAUCCUCGCACCCUUCUCGCUCACCGAGUUCCCCUCCUACUGGGGCGAGCCCAAGGACAUGUUUGCCGCCAUCGCCGACGGCAAGACGCCCGAGGAGCGCCAGCUGCUCGUCACCCGGUGGUUCCUGUCGACCCUGAGCGGCCAGUUCACCCGGCGCGAGAAGGAGACGGGCUCGGAGAAGAAGCCGUUCAACCCGUUCCUCGGCGAGCAGUUCCUCGGCAGCUGGGACAACGGCGAGCUCGUCCUCAACGUCGAGCAGGUGUCGCACCACCCGCCCAUCACGGCCUACAGCCUCGAGAACAAGAAGAAGGGCAUCUCGCUCGAAGGCAACUGCGCGCAGAAGACGAGCUUCUCGGCACGCAUGAUCUCGGUCAAGCAGGUCGGCCACGGCUUGCUCCGGGUCAAGCUCGCCGACGGUACCACCGAGACCUACCUCAUCACGCUCCCCAAGCUCAAGAUCGAGGGCCUGUGGACGGGCAAGCCCUACGUCGAGCUCACCGAGACGUCGUACAUCCAAGGCUCGCACGGCCUCACGUCGACGAUCAAGUACGCCGGCGCCGGGUGGGUGAGCGGCACGGCGCACUCGCACACGACGACCGUGACGGCCGGUCCGGGCGGGCACACGCUGUACACGCUCACGGGCACGUGGACGGGCGAGACCAAGUUCCACAAGCCGAGCAAGGACGGCAAGGAGGGCCAGGUGUUCCUCGACGCGUCGGCCGACGGCAUGCGCGAGAAGGUGACGGUGCGCCCCAUCGCCGAGCAGAACGAGUUCGAGUCGCGCCGGGCGUGGAAGCAGGUGGCCGACGGGAUCCUGAGCGGCGACUACGACGCGGCGAGCCAGGCCAAGAGCGCGCUUGAGAACGCCGAGCGGCAGCGGCGCAAGGACGAGCAGGCGAGCGGCGCCACGUUCGAGCUGCGCCUGUUCGACAAGGUGCCCAACGACCCCGAGUACAAGCGCCUCGCGCACGCGCUCAAGUUCAAGCCCGACGACGAGGACUCGUGGAAGCUCAAGGCGCCCGCGCAGUAGACGGCGCCCCGACUCUGUGCUCGUUUGUACCAUGCCGCGCCUCGUCCGUAUCGUUCUCUCUCUCUCUCGUUCCCGUCGGACCUGCAAUACGUGUAGUGAGUAGCCU